UCCUGGCGCUCCGCCGUCCGUACCCCUGACUUCCACCAUCCAAUUCCGCCCAUUGAAGUCCGGCUACCUUACCCCGGCGAAGUCGACGGCGUCCUCAUUCCCUCCACUAUGUGCUUCGUGGAGUUUCACCCUCCUCCGAUCCCCAAUGGCGAUUCGACCUUCGCCGUCGCCGGCGGUUGGCCGGUCAAAAUCGAAGAAGCAAGCCACGGCAAGCUACAGCUUGUGGACCCAAUUUCCAACCUCAAGCUCCGCUACUCUCCAACCCAAUUGAGCUUGGCCGGCUUCCGCGGUGUCCAAUUGAGCUCCUCGUUCCGCCUCACAUGUCGGGAUGGAUUCACAGCCUUCGAGGUGAAUAAAGUCGUCGUCUUUCCCCACUCUGCAAAUCCCCUGCCUCAACAGCAGAGUGUCACCGUCAUAGCCAUUUUCCAUAAAGGCAGAAUAGGGUAUUGGAGAAACGGGGAAGAGGAUUGGACUCCGUUAGACGACAGGAAUUUCGAUUGCGACGACAUAAUCAUCCACCGAGGUCGGUAUCACGUCGUCGACAGAUUUGGGAAACUGUAUGUGAUCGAUUCGUCUCUGAAAUUCGUGGAACCCUGCUCAGCGCCGCAGCUCCCCGACGGCGGCGGCUCCGGCCAGAAGAAUCUGGUGGAGUCCGGGGGAGAUUUGUAUUUGGUGGAUAGAUAUUUGGAUGGGAGGAGGAGGAAUCGGAAGGAUGUGGAGGAUGCCAUUGCCAGCAGCUUUCACCCAAUCCGCCGCUUUGUGGGUACGGGGAGAGGCAGGUGA